AUGUCCUGCCAGCAGAGCCAGCAGCAGUGCCAGCCCCCUCCCAAGUGCACCCCCAAGUGCCCUCCCAAGUGCCCUGCCCCCAAGUGCCCCCCAAAGUGUCCCCCGAAGUGUCCUCCUGUCUCCUCCUGCUGUAGCCUUGGCUCUGGGGGCUGCUGCGGCUCCAGCUCUGGGGGUGGCGGCUGCUGCAGCUCUGGGGGCUGCUGCAGCUCUGGGGGUGGCGGCUGCUGCCUGAGCCACCACAGGCCUCGCCGAUCUCUCCGACGCAGACACCAGAGCUCUGGCUGCUGUGGUAGCAGUGGCGGCGGCAGCAGCUGUUGUGGUAGCAGUGGCGGCGGCAGCAGCUGCUGUGGUAGCAGUGGUGGUGGCAGCAGCAGCUGUUGUGGUAGCAGUGGUGGCGGCAGCAGCUGCUGUGGCAGCAGCGGUGGCAGUAGUGGUGGAAGCAGCAAGAAAUCUGGAGGCUGCUGCUGA